AGUCAGGUAUACAGAAGCCAGCCUGACUUGGUGUCAGCAGUCUAUGACACCACAUCAUCCACUUUGGCUGUGGACUACUCCUAUGGACAGUACCCGAACCAGACUGAUGCUUCCCAGAACUACGGCCAGUACCUCUAUCCCUCUGAGUACACGGCAGACAGCACCUGGAUUGCCCCUGAGCAACCUCCUCCUCGUCCUGCAACCCCAGAGAAGUUUACCAUACCCCACCGUUGUGCCCGCUUUGGACCUGGUGGUCAUCUGGUCCAAGUUCUGCCCAAUCUCCCCUCAGCUGGGCAGCCUGCUCUAGUUGAUAUUUACAACAUGGAGACCAUGCUGCAGGAUACCCAAGAUCAGGCAGAACUACGAGCCUUCCCUGGACCUCUUGUUAAGGAGGAGACCCAUAAGGUGGAUGUGAUAAAGUUCUCCCAGAACAAAGCCCUGGAGUGUUCUCGUGACAACAACCUCUUGGACAGGGACUCUGCUCGCCUGCUCUGGGACUUCAUUAUGCUGCUCUGUAGACAGAACGGGACUGUGGUUGGCACGGACAUCGCUGACCUCUUGCUGAAGGAGCACCGCUCUGUCUGGCUACCAGGCAAAAGUCCUAACGAAGCCAACUUGAUUGAUUUUAACAAUGAACCGCUGGCACGAGCUGAGGAGGAGCCGGGAGCUGGACCGCUAUCCCUCUUAUCGGACACCUUCAUGACUGUCCCAGAGAACAUUGGCAAGGAAACGGAACGCUUCAGGGAGCUGCUGCUGUUUGGCCGCAAGAAGGAUGCCCUAGAAGCAGCUAUGAAGGGAGGUCUGUGGGGCCACGCCUUGCUGUUGGCCAGUAAGAUGGACAACAGGACGCAUGCACGUGUCAUGACAAGGUUUGCCAACAGUUUGCCUAUCAAUGACCCUCUCCAGACAGUAUACCAGCUGAUGUCAGGGAGGAUGCCUGCAUCGGCCACUUGCUGCGGAGAGGAGAAAUGGGGUGACUGGCGCCCUCACCUGGCCAUGGUGCUGUCUAACCUCACCCAGGCCCUGGACCUGGACACUCGCACAAUCACCACCAUGGGCGACACUCUCGCUUCAAAGGGGCUGAUUGAUGCUGCACACUUCUGCUACUUGAUGGCCCAAGUUGGUCUGGGAGUUUUCACAAAGAAGAGCACCAAGAUGGUUCUUAUUGGCUCCAACCACAGUUUGCCCUUUUACCAAUUUGCAACCAACGAAGCAAUCCAAAGGACUGAAGCCUAUGAGUAUGCUCAGUCUCUGGGUUCCCAGCCGUGCUCCCUACCCAAUUUCCAGGUGUUCAAGUUGAUCUAUGCAUGCCGCUUGGCUGAAGCCGGCCUGAGUGCUCAGGCCUUCCACUACUGUGAAGUUAUUUCUAGGACUGUCCUCACGCAGCCUUCCUACUACUCCCCUGUUUUCAUUAGCCAAAUCAUACAGAUGUCAGAGAAGCUGCGAUUCUUUGAUCCACAACUGAAGGAGAAGCCAGAGCAGGAGUUGUUCAAUGAGCCUGAUUGGCUGAUCCACCUCAGACAGCUGGAUGGACAGAUCAGGACAGGGGUGAUUACAUACAGUGAAGGCAGACCAACACCUACACAGUUUGACUGCAGCAGCCACAGCUCUGACUUGGACCAGCACAGUCCACCAGAACCUUACAACAUGCCUGUGGAGUUGGAUGGCCCCACCCCUGACAACCCGCUAAUGAACUCACUACUGCCCGGUCCUCAACCGCAGGGAGUACAGCUGAUGCCCCCAGCUCCCACCUCCAUCCUCCAAGAUGGGAUGUCCCCUCCUCAGCCUUUACCUUCAAAUGAUGUGCCCCAGUUCUACCCCGUAACCCCAAGUGGACCACCAGGCCAGAUCUCAGGCUACCCUCCACAGGAUCCUGGUUUUGCCCCUCCUCCCUUCCAGCCUCAACCUGAGCAGUCAGAAAUGUAUCCAGGAACCCAUCAGCAGCCAUGUCCCCCAUCUCUUCAACUGGGUCAAAUGUCACCACACAUGGCCCCUCAGGUGCCGAAUUCACCUACACGGAUGAACCACCCACCACCCCAGAUGCCUCAUCACAUGCCCCCUUCUCCCGGGCAUAUGCCAACCGGACAGCACAUGUCCCAGGCCCCACCGGAGAUGCACACUGGUCAACCAAUAUCAUCCUCACCACCCAGAAGCUCUUUCACACCGAAAAUGGACUUCUAUGACCACAUGGCUCACAUGGGUCCUGGGAGGAGAUCGAGGACUGCUUCACAAUCUUCAAUGCAUAUGACUUCAGGACGUCGCUCUCGCACCACCUCUGAAUCUUCCACUUACUCUGGCGGAAGAGAGCGGAGCAACUCGUCUGCCAAGCAGGCCUCUCCACCGCCGCCUUCAAUUCCUGAACAGCCCCGCAAAGAAGAGGCCAAGAAAGUCAAAAAAGACUCCCCGAAAAAGACUGGUGGUGGUGGCUGGCUAAACUGGCUCUAUAGGAAGGGGAAGAAUGAGGCUCACUUGCCAGAUGACAAAAACAAAUCUAUUGUGUGGGAUGAAAAAAAGCAGAGAUGGGUCGACUUGAAUGAGCCUGAAGAGGAGAGUAAGCCCCCUCCACCACCUCCCUCUGGCUUCCCCAUGAUGCCUCAGAUGCCUGGCCCUGGAGGGCCUGCCGCACCACCGAGUGGCGGUCCUCCUGUCAACAUGUUCUCCAGGAAGGCAGGCACAAGGAGCAGAUAUGUGGAUGUUCUGAACCCAAGCAGAACUGCUAAACCAGGUGGAUCAGCCCCUGCUCCUGCAGAUAUCUUUGCUCCUUUGGCACCAAUGGCCAUGCCCCCCAGCCUAUUUGUGCCUAGUUCAGCGCCUGAUGAUCAACAACCUCUAGAGGGCAGUGAAGGAGGAAAUCUGGAGCAGAAUUCACCAAACGCCAGCGCUGCUCCACAGAUGUUCACGCCAACGUUGUUACCGCCUGCCCCAGAAGGUCCUUCUGUGCCUGAUGGCUCACAGUCCGGAGAGGUAAGACAAAUUGUUGCGGUCAACAGCUACUGUAUCACGGCACCACUGAAUCAUGAUGCUGAAAACCCUAACAGCCUGUGUGUGUGUGUGUGUGUGUGUGUGUGUAGUUUGCUUAUUUGUAUGAAUGUAAGUUAAUGUAACAGGGCGUACAAAAGAACAUGAGAAUGCAUGCAUGUCAACUUAAAGUCU